CAAUUCAAUGGCAGCCCUCGUCCAGCCGGUUAAUUUUUUUGCACAAGCGCUGGACAGAAAAGUGUAAUUAAGCGGCAUAAAAGUGGUUUACAUUUAUAGUAUAACUUUUAAAUAAACAGUUAAGCAUUAUAAUAUUAUUGGAAGACAAGUUUUCAACGCACAACCAAAGGAUUUCGUAGAAAGUCGGCCAGCUUGUCCCGCAAAUUUUCCCACAGGGGUGUGUGUAUAACAAAAUGGCGUCCUCGCAAGUCUCAAACAAAUCGGGCUCCGGUUGGCCGCGCCGCGGAAGUCAAGGCCAAGCGGAUGCAGCCAGCAGCAAUAACAACGGUACCCAGAAGUACACCAACCAGGCGCUGACCAUCAAUCGCACCAUCAACUUAUACCCUCUGACGAACUACACAUUCGGCACCAAGGAGCCGCUCUUUGAGAAGGAUCCGUCGGUGCCAUCCCGAUUCCAGCGGAUGCGCGAGGAGUUCGACCGGAUCGGAAUGCGGCGCUCCGUCGAGGGAGUGCUUCUUGUCCACGAGCACGGACUGCCACAUGUCUUGCUCCUGCAGCUGGGCACCACGUUCUUCAAACUGCCCGGUGGCGAGCUAAACGCUGGCGAGGAUGAGGUCGAGGGCCUCAAGAGAUUGCUAUCCGAGACGCUGGGUCGUCAGGACGGCGUAAAGCAGGAGUGGAUUGUUGAGGACACGAUUGGGAACUGGUGGCGGCCGAACUUUGAGCCACCGCAAUAUCCAUACAUUCCGCCGCACAUCACCAAGCCCAAGGAGCACAAGAGGCUGUUCCUCGUCCAGCUACAUGAAAAGGCACUAUUUGCUGUACCCAAAAAUUAUAAGCUUGUUGCUGCGCCAUUGUUCGAGCUAUACGACAACUCGCAAGGGUAUGGACCCAUUAUCUCAUCUCUGCCGCAGGCCCUCUGCAGAUUCAACUUUAUCUACAUGUAAGGGCAGACGGAGGAGGAGCCCACGUCCAGCAAUAGUUAAGCAUCAGCAGCAGCAGCAGCACCAACGAUAGCGCUACCUAACUGAUUUCAGCACCACAGAUCAGCCCGUAGAUUUCCAUUUAAUGUGUGUGUGUAAACGUACAUAAUUGUAUUGCAGAUAAAAUGGAAAGCCACGCCCUUUUACUUGGCAAAUAGAGUCGACAAAAUUUGUGCUUUA